CACCAGUGCGUGCGCCGGGACGGGGGGACGGCUCGGUGUUAACACAAACCACAAACUGCGUUCACUCUCCAAAUCUCCUCUGCGAUAAGUGGCGCGGCUGAAUUAAAGGAGGAUUCAGCUGCCACCAGUUCCUCUGCACAUCCUUAAAGAACUUACCUAGUCCUUCUUUUUGCCCAAAUACUGACCAUAUCAUCAGAGCCCAGGGUUCACAACAUCCUCACUCAGAAUGCGAAGGAGCACAUACUAAUGUAGUCUCCUCUCAGGGUUGGAUGUACACCCAUACUAGCUCAUGGACAGCAACUGCUCACUUGACAUGUCAGAGUCUGAAUCAGGGACAGGAUGUCUAAAUGUGAGCUGAUCGAGCUGAAGGACCUCAGUGUCAAUGACUCCAUUGAGCUGGCUGCUCCCGCUGCCCGUACAGCACCCCCACCUGUAAACCCGGGUCAGCCAAGCCACUUCCAUGUCGUCCGUCUGGUCGGAGACAGCGUCAGCAUCGAGCCACCUGGGUGUCAGAUAGGAGAGGCCGCAGUGGGUCAUGACUUCCAGCCCUACAGUCACGCCCAGCUCACCUGGUGUGACCUGUGUGGAGAAUUCAUCUGGGGGCUUUAUAAGCCAAGUUUACGCUGCACCAACUGCAAUUACACUUGUCACCACCGCUGCCGACCGUUCAUCCAGCUGGACUGCUGCACAGAUGGAAGUUUGUUAGCAGACCAGGAAGAUUUCUCUGUCGACUCCCUUGAGACAGACACAAACGUGGAUGAACAGAUCGACUGGAGGAAACAGGAGUUGACUGUUAGUGAGAUUCAUCAGAAGGUGAAGGAAUACAAUGCACAGAUCAACAGCAACCUCUACAUGGUGAUUAAUAAAGACGGGUCCUACACUGGUUUCAUCAAGGUCCACUUCCAGUUAGUCCGCCCCAUCUCCCUCCCUCCCCCUCAGAGCCUGUGCUCGUCACCAGAGGAAGAUCAUCAGGACAGACGGAUGAAGCGGCGGACAUCUUUCUACCUCCCCAAAGACGCUGCCAAGCACCUGCAUAUAAGCUCCCAAACACGUGUGCGAGAAGUCAUCGAGGCACUGCUCAACAAGUUCACAGUGGUGGACAACCCGGCAAAGUUUGCCCUGUUUGAACGCACCGAGAGACAAAGUCAAGUGUUCAUGCGUAAAUUGUCUGAUGAUGAGUGUCCCCUCUCCCUGCGCCUGUGUGCUGGACCCAGUGAAAAAGUCAUGAGUCUGGUUUUGAAAGAAAACGAGACAGGGGAAGUCAAUUGGGAUGCAUUUAGUUUUCCUGAGCUAUGCAACUUUCUGCGCAUCCUGAAGCGUGAGGAAGAAGAGCACGUGCGGCAGAUUGUGAGGCGCUACGCUCUUGCUAGAGACACGAUGAAGCAGGCCAUGGCAAGGAUUAAUACUCCAGGUUGACUCUGAGUGAUUCAACUGAUCUUCAUAUCAACUUGAAGAAGAACGUUCUGCCUCUUUGAAUACUAUCAUUGAUAAGCAGUGUAAAAGGGAAGGAAAGAGCUCAGACAAUGACACUGUUUUUAAUAAAUAUUGUUUAUGAAGCAGGGAUACUGGUGUUACAGUUAAAGUGAACUACCUAAAGGCUUCGGCCCCGCUAAUUUUAUGGAAGCAGAGCCACUGUACCUAAUGAAGGAAAAAAUAGUUUAUCUUGGACUAAAUUGGAUGCAGUUCCUGUUUUCAAGUCCAUGCUGCUUGACUGGAUUAUUUAUAGUGGUAUUAAAAACACAAUUUUAGUCUUUCUUGCCAUUUAUAAUGUGACAUAUUUAGUUUCAUUUAUAUUCUGUGAGGCUGUUUUUAAAUUUUUGGCACUUUAAUGAACCUGUGAAAUGGAUCUGGGCAAGUUGAAAUGUGAAACAAUGUGUUUAUAUUCUAACUAUCUAAUAAACGGACAUAAUAAAUUA